AUGACUGAAUCAAGACAAACACAGUAUAAAAAUGUUGGAAAGGAUAGUGACACGUUAAGAAAGAAUCGUGUUGAGAAUAUUGUUUCAAUUCGAAAAGACAAACGUGAUGAAACGCUUUCGAAACGACGCAACAUUCCAACCGAGUCACUGGAAUCAGAUGAUGCAUCAACAAGCGCUGGUGGAACGAUGGGUAAUUUGGUUGAUAAGCAUUCUUUACAAGACAUUGUCAAGAGGGCUAGCAGUGAGGACCCUGACGUUCAAAUGGCAGCUGUUCAACAGGCACGUAAGCUUCUAUCGGCAGAUCGCAACCCACCAAUCGAUGAUCUGAUUGCAUCUGGUAUAUUACCGAUCCUUGUGCACUGUCUCCAGUCACCAAAUGUAAAUCUUCAAUUCGAGGCAGCAUGGGCAUUGACAAAUAUAGCAUCAGGAACAUCACAGCAAACACAAGCAGUUGUACAAGCCGGUGCAGUACCAUUAUUUUUGGAACUUUUAUCAUCGGGCAACAUGAAUGUUUGUGAACAAGCUGUAUGGGCUCUUGGUAAUAUCAUCGGUGAUGGCCCUCAUUUCCGUGAUUACUGUAUCCAGUUGGGAAUCGUUCAACCAUUACUUAAAUUCAUAACGCCUGACAUACCGAUUGGAUUCCUAAGGAAUGUCACUUGGGUGAUGGUCAAUUUGUGCAGAUCAAAGGACCCUCCUCCAUCAGCAGAGAUUGUGCAGACACUACUGCCAGCACUGGCACUUCUUAUUCAUCAUAACGAUCAGAAUAUACUUGUUGACACCGUAUGGGCAUUAUCGUAUCUCACUGAUGGCGGUAAUGAGCAAAUCCAAAUGGUCAUCAAUAGUGGGGUGGUGAGUCAUCUAAUACCGUUAUUGUCACAUCCUGAAGUGAAAGUUCAAACAGCUGCGUUACGUGCAGUUGGCAACAUUGUAACGGGCACUGAUGAACAGACGCAAUUGGUCCUGGAUUGCGGCGUUCUACAGCAAAUGCCUGCACUUUUGUCUCAUCAAAAGGAAAAAAUUAAUAAGGAAGCUGUUUGGUUCCUCUCGAACAUCACGGCCGGCAAUCAGGCGCAAGUGCAAGCGGUGAUUGAUGCUGGAUUGAUUCCAAUGAUCAUCCAUCUACUUGAGAAGGGCGAUUUCCAAACGCAGAAGGAAGCGGCAUGGGCAGUAUCGAACGUAACGAUAAGUGGACGUGCCGAGCAAGUGGAAUAUAUGGUGCAACAAAAUGUUAUUCCACCGUUCUGCGCAUUGCUCUCAAUACGUGACUCACAGAUCGUACAGGUUGUGCUGGAUGGUAUUAAUAAUAUACUGAAAAUGGCUGGACCUCGUUCCGCAUCCGUUUGCGCCCAAAUUGAAGAAUGUGGAGGGUUGGACAAAAUCGAGCAUCUGCAAAACCAUGAGAAUGAAGAAAUCUAUAAAUUGGCUUAUGAAAUCAUUGAUAAUUAUUUCUCAUCGGAAACGGAUGAUGAGGAUGCAAUCGCAACACAAUCGUCGAAUCACUUCCUCGAUACCACCGAACAGUCGAUUCCAUCCGAAGGAUUCUCUUUCCAAUAA